AGUUUUAAGAAAUCCUCUGGUUUUAAAAGGAGGAAAAUCAUGUCAGAAGUAACAGGGUUGAGUGAAUCAUGUAGGACACUGAUAAUAACACAUUUAAAGAUGCAGUCAGACUUUGGGCAUGUGAACUUUCUACAGACACAGCAGCCGUCAAGAUAUGACUUGAUAUAUUUUUAAAAACAUAAAUAACAAAUAAUAAUCACUCCAGAAUAUACAAUCUACUCUACUUUACUGCAAACUUCACCUGAUCUUGUGUUUCUGGUGUCCCUCAUUCACAUGCGCAUGAAUGGAAGUCAGUGGAAGGAGAAGUCUCUGUGAACGGCCCUUAAUAAUUACACAGUUUUAAGAAAAUAAAUUAAAUAUCAAUCUAAAUGUUGAUGUCAAAAUAUGGCUGUCAAUAUCACAUUAGAUCACAUUUUGACACAGUCUCCUCUGAUAACAGAUCAUUCUAAAUUAUAAUGUUGACAUGCAUUUCCUGUAAAGCUGCUUUGAAACAAUAUGUAUUGUGAAAAAGCGCUAUACAAAUAAGUGUGAAUUGAAAAUUGAUAGUUUUGUCUUUGAUCAAAUAUAUUUAAUAGUUCUUACUACAGAAGCAUGCUCUAAUGUUUUAAAUAUAAAAUUGUGUAAGACUAGAUUUUCCUGCUAAAACAAAAGCUGAGAUCAAACACCCUGCAUAAAAUAAUAAACACCCCCUGGAGAGAAGAUCUCAUAGAAAGAGCACAGGACACGCCUUGACCAAACUUUUCUCCUCCUUUAUCUGUGCAAAAUGAAAUGUUAUUACUUGAUUCAUUCUGGACUCUGCAUCAAUAUUAUCUGUUUUAUAGCAGUUGUCUAUCACAGCAAGUCUCAAUUUUAUGACCUUUCGCUUCAUAUUUCUCUCUUUAAAUUAUUUUGAUCUACUGAAAAUUAAAUGACUUUUUUUUCCCUCUCAUUUUAGACCUGAUGGAAGAAAGCGCAGAAACAUUUUUAAAGAAAAGAGCCAAGAAAUCUUUCACCUGCACUCAGUGUGGAAAGAGUUUCUCAACCAAACAAUAUCUUGAGAUUCACAUGAGAGUUCAUACUGGAGAGAAGCCGUUCACAUGUGAUCAGUGUGGGAAGAGAUUCACGCGAUCAUCACACCUUAAAGAACACAUGAGGAUCCACACUGGAGAGCAGCCGUUCACAUGUGAUCAAUGUGGGAAGAGCUUCAAACAAAGAGGAAAUCUUAAGGAACACAUGAAAGUUCACACUGGAGAGAAGCCACACACAUGUGAUCAAUGUGGGAAGAGUUUCAGUCAAUCAUCAAGCCUUAAAGAACACAUGAGGAUCCACACAGGAGUGAGACCGUUCACAUGUGAUCAGUGUGGCAAAGCAUUUCUUGGGGAAUCAACCUUAAAGAAACACCUGAAAAUUCAUACAAAGGAGAAGCCAUAUUCAUGUUCUGUGUGUGGAAAGAGUUUUUCACAGCUGCAAUAUUUAUAUGCACAUGAGAAAACACACGCUGGUGUGAGAGAGUACAUGUGCUUUGAGUGUGAGAAGACUUUUACUACAGAGAGUGAUUUAAAAGUGCACCAGAGGAUUCACACUGGAGAAAAACCUUACAAGUGUUCACACUGUGACAAGAGUUUUAGUCAGAUAGCACAUCUGAAAACACAUGAGAGGAUCCACACUGGAGAAAAACCUUACAAGUGUUCACAGUGUGACAAGAGAUUCAGUGUAUCAUCACAUCUGAAAACACAUGAGAGGAUCCACACUGGAGAAAAACCUUACAAGUGUUCACACUGUGACAACAGAUUCAAUCAGUCAUCAUGUCUGAAAACACAUGAGAGGAUCCACACUGGAGAAAAACCUUACAAGUGUUCACACUGUGACAAGAGAUUCAAUCAGUCAUCAAAUCUGAAAACACAUGAGAGGAUCCACAGCAGAGAGAAGCUGCACACAUGUGAUCAGUGUGGAAAG